UACCUGAUGCUGGUCCCCACAGGAACUGAGCGCUGUUCCCUUCCUCCUGUUGCCAGCUUGGGAAGCGCUCUUUUCCUGUGGACUACCGGGCUAAUGAAAAGCGCUAGCGGCACGGAGCCCACCAUUGGCUGUCCCGACUGCCGAGGCUGGCAGGCGGUGGCGACAGGGAAGGACCGGACUGACGGACCUUUGAGUGGAAAUACCGAGAGAACUUCUGAAACCGGACCGGAAACGAAAGGAGUACAACUUUCUAUUUACCGUUUGGAUUUUCCAAACGGACCUAAACCUCGCUAACGUACAAUGUUAGUUGGAAGUUUUGGAGUCGAGCUGUGAUGUGGUGACGCGACUACACGGGAAGCUAACGUAAACGUUAGCCGAUGAGCUAAUGCUACUUGAUGUAUCUUUUUAGUAGAGAUGUGCAAACCUAUUUCAGAAUUUUAAAACACUUUGUAGUAUUUUUGAUAAUGUAAGAUAGAUAACAAUUCGAUAUUUUACCAUGUUGUCAACCUUUAUACGAAAUAGAGCCUAUCCAUAGUUAUCUACCUGACGUUAUCUUGACGUUAGCUAAGUUACUAUAUGAAAGUGGCAGGCGUUAGCUACCUAGCUGGCUAGUAGCUAACAGUGGCUAGUUGUUGAGUUUAAACUGACUUCAAGCCAAAGAAUUCUGCUUCAAAUUAGCAAAUGCUAGCAAGGCUACAUUUCUUUCCACGUCACCUAACUGUUUCAUCCCAUGUCUGUCUGUUGUGAAACGUUAUUUUCGGCGAGGGGAACUUUAUUUUUGAAGAUGGGUGUUUGUUUUGAAAAGCAAAGAUAAAACUUUGUACUUCCAUAUCGAUAUAUGCAAUCGCCAAAUCAGCAUCUUAUUUAAUGCUAGCUUGCUAACGUUGAGUUAGCCGGCCAAACUUUGCAUACUGCCCCCUGUUCACUUUAUGUGGGGUUUGCUUUGAGGCCUUUGGGAAUUUACCCACUUUUCCACGGAGAGGACCCUUUUCACAGCCUUAAUACAUCCCAGCAUCUGAAUGGAGUUUGUAUCUUCUGAAUGACUCUGGAUAUUUGUGAAGCUUGAGAACAUAAAGUUGGCGUAACCUGGACUUUGUUAACGUUUACUUGGCAACGUACAGUAACGUGGAUUACACGGGCUGUUGGAAUAACGCAAUUUCUAAAAGAUGAUGUGCGAGGUGAUGCCCACCAUCAGUGAGGCCGAAGGGCCCAGCGGGGGAGGCAGCAGCGGUCGCCGGGGCUCGGGUUCCCCGCUGCAGUCAGACUCAGAGGGUCACUUUGAGUCACUGAUGGUGUCCAUGCUGGAGGAGAGAGAUCGUCUUCUUGAGACUCUGAGAGAGACGCAGGAGAAUCUGGGCUUGACUCAGAGCAAGCUGCAUGAAGUUAGCCAUGAAAGAGACUCGCUGCAGAGGCAACUUAACACUGCUUUGCCACAGGAGUUUGCUGCUCUAACAAAGGAGGUGAACGUGUGCCGGGAACAGCUUCUAGAGAAGGAGGAGGAGAUUGCAGAGCUGAAGGCUGAGAGGAACAACACACGGCUCCUGUUGGAGCACUUGGAGUGCCUGGUUUCUCGCCAUGAGCGCAGUCUGAGGAUGACAGUGGUGAAGAGACAGGCUCAGUCUCCAGCUGGCGUCUCAAGUGAAGUUGAGGUCCUCAAAGCUCUUAAGUCACUUUUUGAACACCACAAAGCCCUCGAUGAGAAGGUAAGAGAGCGACUACGUGUUGCCUUGGAAAGAUGCAGUGCACUUGAGGAACAGCUCACCAUCUCGCACAAAGAAUUGGCUUACCUCAGGGAGCAGAGUGGCCAGAAGAGAGGACUGGCAGAUGGAACCAGUGAGAUCAGCCACAGCUCUGAAAACACGCCGAGCACUAAUGGCAAGCGGUUGUCAGACGGUUCGUUGAGUCAGGAGGAGGAGUUAGGGCCUGGGUUUGUGAAGGUUGGUGAGCUCCAGGAAGUGGUGGAUCGUCAGGCGGCUGAUCUGAGCCAGAUGAAGGAGCGCAUGGCUGCUAUGGCAUCACGCAUCAGUGAGCUGGAGGAGGACCUGGACACAGCCCGGAAGGACCUCAUCAAGUCUGAAGACAUGAACACACGGCUACAGAGAGACCUGAGAGAGUCAGUGGCUCAGAAGGAGGAUAUGGAGGAGAGGAUCACCACCUUGGAAAAGCGCUACCUAGCAGCACAGCGGGAGGCUACCUCUGUCCAUGACCAUAACGACAAGCUGGAGAAUGAAGUGGCCAACAAGGAGUCCCUCUACAGACAAACUGAGGAAAGAAACCGGCAGCUCCAGGAGAAGCUGGAGCUGGCUGAGCAGAAGCUGCAGCAGACCAUCCGCAAGGCAGAGACUCUGCCUGAGGUGGAAGCAGAGCUAGCUCAGCGGGUAGCUGCUCUCACAAAGGCAGAGGAGCGUCAUGGCAAUGUGGAAGAGAGACUGAGACAGCUGGAGGCCCAGCUGGAGGAGAAGAACCAGGAACUGCUCAGGGCACGGCAGCGAGAGAAGAUGAAUGAGGAACACAACAAACGCCUGUCUGAGACCGUGGACAAGCUCUUGUCGGAGUCCAACGAGAGACUCCAGCUCCACCUCAAAGAGAGGAUGUCUGCUCUGGAGGACAAGAAUAACCUGAUAAGAGAACUGGAGCACACCAAGAAACUGAUUGAGGAGUCUCACCACGAGAAGGAGCAGCUCCUGAUCCAGAUUGAGACUAUGAGGCCAGAGAACGAGCCGGGUAGGAGCAGGAGCAACUCCUUAUUACAUGGACGGCCUCAGCUGGGUAGCUCCCCAGAUUUCAGGUAUCCAGUGUCGACUUCCUCAGUGGUAGACAGUAACUCGGACCAUUACGGCAGCGCUCUCGUGCUGAAACGACCCCAAAAGGGACGAGUGGCGGCGCUCCGGGACGAGCCAUCCAAGCGACAUGUGCAGACUUUGAAUGAGCAGGAGUGGGAGCGCAUGCAGCAGGCCAACGUGCUGGCAAACGUGGCCCAUGCCUUUGAGAGUGACAUGGACGCCUCAGAUCUGGAGGAGGAUCGAGAGACGAUUUUCAGCUCGGUGGACUUGCUGUCCCCUGGUGGCCAGGCUGAUGCACAGACCCUCGCCUUAAUGCUGCAGGAGCAGCUGGACGCUAUCAACAAUGAAAUUAGAAUGAUCCAGGAGGAGAAGGAGAGCACUGCUAUCCGGGCAGAAGAGAUCGAGUGCCGGGUGGGCAGCGGCGACAGCCUGGGAGGACGUUUCCGCUCUCUUAGCUCCAUCCCUCCUUCACUGUGUGCUGGCUCUUCGCUGGGUGGUUCUCCCCCAGGCUCCGGUCACUCCACCCCCAGACGCAUUCCCCGCAGCCCCAACAGAGAGCUGGACCGAAUGGGUGUCAUGACCUUGCAAUAUUGCUAUGAUCCCUGCAUCAUCCAGAGCUCCCUCUCCCAGCAGACUGUAACUUAUCUCCCUUAUGGUGCAACUGGCUUCAGUCCUCCCCCUCAAGCCUAUAACUAUGCACCAUACCUCCAGCCUAGUGACCUGCGCAAGCACCGCAGGAAGUCUGCUCAGGAUGACAAAGCCACCAUCCAAUGUGAGACGUCACCACCCACCACUCCACGCUCCAUGCGCCUAAACAGAGAUGCAGGGCUCACUGCCAGCCAUGAGGACAUUAGGGACAUUCGUGGCCUGGCUGGUCUGCAUGAUGGCCAAGGUAGUAACCCCAGCAGCAGUAACAGCAGCCAGGACUCCCUCAACAAAGCGGCCAAGAAGAAGAGUAUCAAGUCUUCCAUUGGACGCCUCUUUGGAAAGAAGGAAAAGGGCCGACCCAGCGUUCCUGGCAAGGACUCGCCCAACCAAGGUGGCACUUCGGAGGCAGAGAGCUCUCCUAAGGAUGGCGUAGGAAUGGGCACCCUUGGAGGCCCCUCAGAGAAGAACAGGAAGCUGCAGAAGAAUCCAAAGACAGGGCAUGAAUUACUGGAAGAAGCUCGCAGGCAGGGCCUUCCAUUUGCCCAGUGGGACGGACCAACAGUUGUGGUUUGGCUGGAGCUGUGGGUGGGCAUGCCAGCCUGGUAUGUGGCUGCAUGCCGUGCCAACGUGAAGAGCGGAGCCAUUAUGUCAGCGCUCUCAGACACAGAGAUCCAGAGGGAGAUAGGAAUCAGCAACCCAUUGCAUCGUCUGAAGCUUCGCUUGGCCAUCCAGGAAAUCAUGUCCCUCACCAGCCCUUCUGCCCCACCCACUUCAAGAACGAUCACAGGAAAUGUUUGGGUCACACAUGAAGAAAUGGAAAGUUUGGCAGCCACACCUCCCACGGAGGAUGACGAGGGUAGCUGGGCCCAGACGCUGGCGUAUGGAGACAUGAACCACGAGUGGAUUGGUAAUGAGUGGCUGCCCAGCCUGGGUUUGCCACAGUACCGAUCCUACUUCAUGGAGUCCCUGGUGGACGCCCGCAUGCUCGACCACCUCACCAAGAAGGACCUUAGGGGACAGCUCAAAAUGGUAGACAGCUUCCACAGGAACAGUUUUCAGUGUGGAGUGAUGUGUCUGAGAAGGCUCAACUAUGACAGGAAGGAGCUGGAGAGGAGGAGGGAAGAGUCUCAGCUGGAGCUCAAGGACGUGCUGGUGUGGAGUAAUGAGCGUGUGAUCAGCUGGGUUCAAGCCAUCGGGCUAAAAGAGUACAGUGGCAACCUUUAUGAGAGUGGAGUCCAUGGAGCACUGCUGGCCUUGGAUGAAAACUUUGAUCACAACACCCUGGCCCUGCUGCUGCAGAUCCCCACACAAAACACACAGGCCAGAGCAACUCUUGAGCGUGAAUACAACAGUCUGCUGGCUAUUGGCACAGACAGGAGAAUGGAAGAGGAUGACGAUAAGAACUUCCGCCGAGCUCCCUCAUGGAGAAAGAAGUUCAGGCCCAAAGACAUGAGGGGAAUGUCCUUGGGUGUGUCAGAUACCCUGCCCGCAACCUUUCGAGUGACAAGUAGCAGCACGGCAUCUCCCUCCACACAGCCAAAGAGGAGCCCGAUGGACGGAAGUCAGUCUAUACAGAGGCUGGACACUGCCACAGUCAGGACCUACUCUUGUUAACACACAACGUUUAUCCUCAUUAUUUCUAUAGGUAACCGCUGGUCUGAAGAUGAAGGGGAAUUCCCUGCAUUCAAGACCAGGAUGAUAAACUGAAAUGACUGACUUGCAAGGACACCGAAAAGAUGUCUUGUUUUUUUUUUUUUUUUUUUUGUUGCCGUCACACAGAAAGACCUUACUUACCAAUCUCAGUAUCCCUAGAGGAAGCCUUCUAGAUUUAUCUGCAUUUAUUAUAUUUAUGUAAAGCAAUGGGACAUUUAAAUGAUUUUAGAAUUAUUGUAUAAUCCUUUUUGCCCAUCUCCCCUUAAUCAUCCCACUUUUUAAAAAAAGAAAUAUUUUUCCACUGUGCCCAUUUCAAGCUCUGCUCUCAGAUGUAUGUAGCUGAAUGUUUCAGUUGUCUGGCAUUUGUAUAUUUCUAUCAACAUUUUAUCUAAUCUUUUUAUAAUCCUGACUCUAUUGACCACAUGUGUUUUGUCUUUGUUGCGAUUGGAAUUCUAAUUGAAUUUAUGCUUAAGUGACUUUGAUAUAUAACUUAAUUCAUAUCUUCUGACCUUUUUAACUGUUGUAAUUUUUGUAGCUUUAUUACCUGUAAUUUUGUGUAAAUGCAACUCUUAAGUCAGUGAAUGCGUGAAUAUCAGACAGAUUGCUGGACUUGACUGUUUCACAGAUUGCUCAACACUGAGUCAUCCUUCACCUUUAGAAUACCAGCUGGCAAGCCAGGUGGCGGUGGCAGCAGAGAUCAUGUGAAACACUGUGGAUUUUCCUUUUCUUGACUUUAUUUUCCAUAUCUGCAAUACCAAAAUAGAACUUUGAAUUUAUGAACUAAAGCCAUAUAACAGUGGCGGGGUGGGGGGGACAGAGGGCUAAUUUCCGAUGCAAGUGAAAAGAGUUCCAGUUUCUCUCUCUCUCGCUGACCUUGCAUGCAGAAGCUACUUCACUUACCCUGCCCCACUACAUCCAGCCUAUCCCUUUAACAAAACAAACUUCUUCACAACUCGAGAAACACAACAGGCUCACUCGUACAGAAGGACUUGAUAUGUACAGAUGAGUUGAAAGUGUUGAAACUCCUUCGAUGGACCAACUUCACCGAGGCCUCGGUCGAUCCCCGCUGUGACUGUAACCCUCAAGGCGGUGCGAUCCACCCACUCCCCUUUUUAAAAAACACUUUGUAUGAAGAGUUCAUAUCAAGCCUUAUUGUUUCUUAAGUCCUUCCUGUCUCUUAUUUAUUAUUAUCCACCCACGUUGUGUUUUUCAGUUGUACUUUCAGAGCUAAAGCACCGGUUUGUUCCUCUGAAUGUGGCGAUGCCCCUCGUGUACAUUUGUCUUGUCUGUUGUCACAACACCGGUUCCACCGUUAAUUUUCACAGCAAAUGAGUAGGAACCGAAGAGUUUUCUUUCACCAUAGAUGUAGUCGAACUUUAAAGUAAAAACACUUUUUUUGUGAUUUAGUCUUUCAUGCACAGUGCAAAUCACAUUGCUGUUUUAUUCCUGCUCUUUCCAUUGAAUCUUCUGAUCUUGUAACAAUGAUGUACAGCCUGAGUACUUAUAAACUAUUUUUAUCACAGUAUUAUUUAUUGCUUAC